UUGCCCCCGCGCUGGGGAGCCGAGGAGAGUAAAUACAACAGGAGCGCAAAAUGGCGGAACCGCCGAACCCAGCUCACAACGCGGUGGCCCUCCUCGCUGAGAAGGAAGCAUUCGGCAAACUCCAGUCUUCGUCGCGGGAGCCCCCGGGUUCUAUGUCCGCCAAGAAGGUCCGGACUGAGGAGAAGAAGGCACCGCGAAGAGUGAACGGGGAAGGGGGCAGCGGCGGGAACGGCAGGCAGCUGCAGCCGCCCGCGGCACCUUUGCCUCAGAGCUACGGCGGCCCCACGGCUUGGAGCUUCGCGGCUCUGCCCGCUGCCUCCUCCCCGUCCCCUUCUCGGAGCUGUUUUUCCUUCGCGGGCCCGGCUGUCUCCUCAGCCUCCUCUUCCGCGUCUCAGCCGGUGCCGCACAAACUGCUGGUGGCCCCCUCGCUCCUGCACGCUCAGCCUCACAGCGUCCUGCUCCCACCCGCCGCUCCCUCGGCUGCCGCCAAGCCGCGCAGACCCAAGGAGAAGCGGGAGAAGGAGAAGAAGAGGCACGGCCUUGGCGGCGCAAGCCGCGAUGAGAACGGGGAGGCGAAGCCGCAGCCGCGAGAUAAAAUCAAAGACAAAAUUAAAGAAAAAGACAAGGAAAAAGAGAGAGAAAGAAAGAAGCAUAAAGUAAUGAGUGAGAUCAAGAAAGAAAAUGGAGAUGUAAAGAUUUUGCUGAAAAGUGGGAAGGAGAAACCAAAAACAAAUGUAGAAGACUUACAAAUUAAAAAGGUAAAGAAGAAAAAGAAAAAGAAACACAAAGAGAAUGAAAAGCGGAAGCGUCCAAAAAUGUAUAGCAAAUCUAUUCAGACCAUCUGUUCAGGAUUGCUAUCUGGUGUUGAAGAUCAAGAAGCCAAAGGCAUACUAAAUGAUAACAUAAAGGAUUACUGUGGAAAGAAUUUGGAUACCAAGAACUGUGAUUCUAAAAUUCCAGAGAACAGUGAGUUUCCAUUUGUCUCACUAAAGGAACCACGAGUUCAGAAUAACCUUAAAAAGUUGGAUACUUUGGAGUUCAAGCAGCUCAUUCAUAUUGAGCACCAGCCUAAUGGAGGUGCAUCAGUUAUCCAUGUCUACAGUAAUGAACUCUCCUGCCUGUCUCCUGUGGAGAUGGAGAGAUUUGCAGAAGAAUUUGUGGGUUUAGUGUUCAGUGAAAAUGAAGGUUCUGCAGCUUUCUAUGUAAUGGGUAUUGUUCAUGGGGCAGCUACUUAUUUACCUGACUUUUUAGACUACUUUUCAUUUAAUUUUCCCAAUUCACCAGUGAAAAUGGAGAUAUUGGGAAAGAAAGAUAUAGAGACAACGACUAUGUCUAAUUUUCAUGCUCAGGUAAAAAGAACGUAUUCUCAUGGUACUUACAGAGCUGGUCCAAUGAGACAAAUAAGCUUGGUGGGAGCAGUUGAUGAAGAAGUGGGAGAUUACUUCCCUGAGUUCCUUAACAUGUUGGAAGAGUCCCCAUUUUUAAAAUGUACACUGCCAUGGGGAACACUAUCUAGUCUAAAAUUAGAGAGUCGAAAAGAUAGUGAUGAUGGCCCCAUUAUGUGGGUACGUCCAGGAGAACAAAUGAUUCCUGUGGCUGAUAUGCCAAAGUCACCCUUCAAAAGAAAAAGAACUACCAAUGAAAUAAAAAACCUUCAGUACCUACCUCGAACCAGUGAGCCUCGGGAGAUGCUCUUUGAAGACAGAACAAGAGCCCAUGCAGAUCAUAUAGGACAAGGUUUUGAACGACAGACUACAGCUGCUGUUGGAGUGCUAAAAGCUGUGCACUGUGGAGAGUGGCCUGAUCAACCCCGAAUAACCAAAGAUGUAAUUUGUUUUCAUGCAGAAGAUUUCUUAGAAGUAGUUCAGCGAAUGCAAUUAGAUUUACAUGAACCUCCACUGUCCCAGUGUGUCCAGUGGGUUGAUGAUGCAAAACUUAAUCAACUGAGGAGGGAAGGCAUUCGCUAUGCUAGGAUUCAGCUGUAUGAUAAUGACAUUUAUUUUAUUCCAAGGAAUGUUGUUCAUCAGUUCAAGACAGUUUCAGCUGUAUGCAGUUUAGCCUGGCAUGUUCGGCUUAAAUUAUAUCAUGUAAAGGAGGACACAUCUCACAGCACAGUUGCUCAUGAAACAGGCAGAUCCCCAGAUCCCACAUCAUCAGUUCUUGGACCUCAUACUGACAACAAGACUUGUGCUGUGAACAAAACCUCCUUGGACUCUGUGUUUUCAGACAAACUUCAUUCUAAACAUGAAUUACAACAAAUUAAACAUGAACCAAUUGCAUGUAUAAGAAUCAAGGAAGAACCUGUGAAAGUUAAUAUUACUGAAAAGACUAGAGCACCAAAUAGUUUAGAUGGCAAGAAUGCUAAGGCAAAAGUGGAUCGUGUUCAAUUUACAGAUUUGAAGAUUGGCAUGGAUUCUAAAUUUGAAAAUAGCAACAAAGAAUUAAAGGAAGAAUUAUGUCCUGGAAGUCUUAUAAAUAUAGUUGAUACAAGGCAAUGUAGCUCUGUACAUUCAAAUCAGGAUAAAAAUGAUGAUGACAUUUUGUGCUAAAUUUGUACAUAGCAUUUAAAAUUCUUAAAAAAAAAAAAAAAGAUCAUAAUGAUUCAUGAAAUCUGAAAGCAGGUGUAGGACUUCGCAAGUCUGUUACAAAAUACAGUUUGUGUAGCUUUGUACCAUUCCUCAGUGCCUGUCCGUAACUGUGAAGUAUCAGCACUUAGGGUCAGGUGCACUGGUAACAUUGCAGGUUUAACAUAAGAGUCUUUAAAAAACUCACUGGAGUUGAAGUUGUAGGUUUUAGAAUAAAGCUGACAUUAUAUAUAUAUAUAAAUAUGAGCCAGAAAUUUUUUGAAGAUUUAAGGCUUUUCCAUAGAGCUUAUUUAUACCAUUUUUUUCCAUUUUAAAAUGUGUCAGCACUGUAGUGUAAAUAGCUUUGUAAAAAAUCUUUUUAGUGUGCUUUAUACUGAAAUGUGAGCCACUUAAUAAAGGUUCAUAAUAAUAAAUGUUUUCUGUUGAGUUUUAGAGAGAAACUGA